UAGUCGCUGCGAUAUCGUCGUUCCUGUGGGUUGUCCGCGUGACGUCAUAGCAGUCGACGCUUUGACCCGUUCAGCGACGAGACUGCGCGCCGGAAAGCUCCUCGAUCGCAAAGAACGGACCCAAAUCAAAACAGAAGUAACGCAUGCAGACGACUUUGUGAUCCGGAUUGAAAGUGGCUUUUGAGGAUCGUCUGCAAACUGUUUGGAUUGGCAAACCACUGUUUAGUCAAGUGAAAUUGAACAUUUUUGCCCUGGCAAUUUACGGCUAAAUCAGGCCCAGGUAGCGUUAGCUGUGGAGCGCCCUUUUCGUUUGCACUGAAACGCAAGGAAUGAGUGAUGACCUCUGUGGUGGUGUCCGAUGGAGGAGGGAAUGUAGUGGAGUAUGUCACUAUGGUGGAGGAGCCUCAACAAGUAUGAAAGUCCCCACAACUGCUGUGAUGAGAUUCAGUUAACGUGUGAGCAGCAGCCCGCUGAGGAGCAGGAGGAAGAUGACGAAGUCAUUCAGCAGGAUGUAGAUGCGGUGAUUAUGGGAGGAGGUGUGGAGGCGGAGGAGGAUGAUGAAGUAAUUCAGCAGGAGGUAGAGGCAGUGAUUGUGGAAGGAGGUGAGGAGGUGGAGGAGACGGGAGGUGUGGUGGUGCAGGAGGAUGGCUGCCCUGCUGUGAUCGUGGAGGAGGUGACUAGUGCCCAAGUGGAGGAGUGUUACUCUGCACAGGUUCUGGUCUAUGAUGACGGCACUUACCUGAUGCAGGAUGUGGCUGAGGAGCAGGAGGUUGUCACAGAAGUGGCCGAGACUGUGGAGAUGUCGGAUCAUGACCUGGUGUGUUUUGAUAAAACUUUUGAAGCAGCAGAAGCUCUUCUGCAUAUGGAGUCUCCUGGAGGGUUGCAUGACCGGAACACGGCAGAAGAUGUGAUGAUGGAGACAGUAGUGGAGGUUUCGACGGAGUGUGGACCCAUUGAGGAGGAGGAAUCCUUCCCCAUCCCACCUGAUUGUGAGCCUGUUACCAAAAAGAAGAGAGGAGGUGGACGUAAGAAGAUGCACCAACCUACAUCUAAUGGCUCCUUUGACCUGGGGAUUAAGAAGAGACAGAGGGAAGGAAAAGGCAAUACCACCUACCUGUGGGAAUUUUUGCUGGAGCUGUUGCAGGACAAAAACACAUGUCCUAGAUACAUUAAGUGGAUGCAGAGGGAAAAAGGUAUCUUCAAAUUGGUCGACUCCAAGGCUGUGUCCAAACUUUGGGGAAAACACAAGAAUAAGCCCGAUAUGAAUUAUGAAACAAUGGGCCGAGCCCUAAGAUAUUAUUACCAGCGUGGCAUACUUGCCAAGGUGGAGGGUCAGAGGUUGGCCUACCAAUUCAAAGACAUGCCAAAGAACAUUCGGGUAAUUGAGGAUAAUGAUGAAGGGGAAGACAGCGAAGGCAUGUGGUCAAGUCAGCAGGGUCCUGAAAUCCUGGGGACCACCACCACUGCUGCCUACCACUCUCAGCAAACCUAUGUCACAAUCAUCCCCAACAGCACCACCACCAGACCCAUUCAUGCCAUGCCUGUGGUAAUGACGAACGCUCUUGGUCAAGUGACAUUAAACUCUUCCUCAAUCCUAACCACUACUGCAGGAGCCCCAGUUCCGGUAGCUAGCACUAGUGCACCCCCAAAAUUGGUCAUCCAGACGCUGCCCACGAUGCUGCCGUCUGGUUCAAAAACAGGUGAGAAAAUAACAAUCAUCACUAUCCCAGCCAACCAGCUGGCCACGCUCAUGCAGGCAAAUCCGUCAGCCCAGGUGACCCAGCUCGUACAGGCCAAACCUGUCACUACGCAUAUAGCUCAUGCUGUCACAAAGUCAGCGACAACCCCUACCGUCCCUCUAGCAGCAGGCACACCAGUGCCACAGCUCAUCCUAGCCAAACCACAGUUCUCUGUGCAACAUGUCCAAAGUCCCACCAUACUAAAGAAGCCCUCCAGCAGUCAGCCAGAGGCAGAACAAUCAGAGGUCCCGUGCCUCUCAAGUCAACCAGCAGCGCCAGAAGAAAGCCCAGCCUCCUGAGAAGUCAAACCUAAGCUGGGAUGGGGUUGUGGGAAAUGACAGACUGUAAAUGCUGCCGAGGAAGGCUAGUUCUAUCUAACCCGUCCCCACAACAGAGCACUCCUCUUUGACUGGCACAGGCUGCUCUCACUGUGGACAAAUUGAAACCCCCUCAGAAAAGGAAUGCAAUUAAGCUCAAAGAAGACGAGCAGCCUUAGAUUGUAAAUGAAAAAACUCCCAUUUGCAAUCACACAGUAUAUAAACUCUCAGCAAAGACUUUAUAAAUGGAAAUUAAAUGUACAGAGCAUUUUGAUACGCA